AUGGCCUUCAGCUUUGGAUUCUCAGGAGACGACAUUGACAUCGAUGAUUCAGAGAUCAAUAAUGAUAUCUGCCCUGUCCUCUCUCAGCAGAAUGUCGGCAACUCCCUGCCGGAGCUGGUGAGAGCGAGUAAACAUGACAUGAACGAAUGGCUCUCAAUUCUACCCUCUCAAAUCUCAUACAACAAACUCAAAAUCGGCGAUACACCCGUGGUCAUUGCCCGCCGAGAGAUCUUCGACAUCCGCACCCAGCUCAUGGCCGAAGACAGCGCCGGCCACGACAAUGAAGAGCUAAUUGCCGGCAUAGAAAAAGGCGACAUCAAACCCAAUUUCUAUGAGGGCGGGUUCAAGACGUGGGAAUGCGCGCUGGAUCUGGCUAAGCUUUCACUGGAUGAGGAUAUUCUCAAUGGUUUCUCUGGUGGACUGCAAGUAACUCAUAUCAUUGAGCUUGGCGCAGGCACAGCAGUCCCAUCAUUGACUCUAUUCGCCCGCACUCUCAAUGGUACUGAAAAUACAGGAAAAACACAUUUCACCUUUUCAGACUACAACUCCGACGUUCUGCGCCUCGUCACACUACCUAACCUUCUCCUGACAUGGCAAAAUAGCCGCUCUCAAACGGCUGUUUCGAGCAUAUCUACUGCACCAGACCAGGAAGAAGAGCUAGAUAUCACGCCUGAACUUAUCGAAGAAUUCAAGACUGAUCUUGCGAACCGUGGCAUCUCGGUGGAUUUUGUCUCUGGAGCUUGGUCUGCUGAGUUUGUUGAUUUGGUCUUUUCGUCUGGCGAUGCUGUUCGCAAGACGUUGGUUCUUGCUAGUGAGACUAUCUACUCGCCGGCUUCGUUGACGGCGUUUUCGGAGACUCUUUUGGCGCUGCUGCGUAGGUCGAAUACUGCGUCGACUAGGAGCCGGGCUCUUGUUGCGGCGAAGAAGGUUUAUUUCGGUGUUGGCGGUGGUGUGGAUGAGUUCCUUGCUGUGCUGGAUAAUGUUUGUGGAAGGGAGUUGAAUGUUCAGCAGAAGUUGGAUGUUCAUUCUGAGGGGGUUGGUAGGGUGGUUCUUGAGGUUGUACCGUCUACUGCGCCAUGA